GGUGAAAUUAAAACUCGAGUGAAGUAUUGACUUUCAGUUGAAAUGCGUCGCGGGACGCCUCGCAAACACAUUGUAUCUGCCAGGAUCAAACCCCCGUACGAGAGCAAGGGGUUCUCUCAUCACCUGUGGCGCGCAAUCAAACGCACAUUCCUCAAUGUAAUCAUAGUCAUUAUUCUCUUCGCUCUGCUUUUCUUCACAGAUGGCUUUUGGAUGUGCACUUCGCCCAUCACUUUGACCCCUAUUGAUUUGUCAGGCGUGAAAAAAGUGACUAAAGAGAAAGAAAUCCCGAAUUUGAUGGACCCGAGCACGAGAGAGAACUCCGAACUGAUGUUUGUUGACCAUCUGUACGAGAAUGUUGUCAGUGGGCCUGAGAGUUUCGUGUUCUACGGUAACUCAAUAAUCACUACUUGUGCGGAUGGCAAAGUGAUGAUGUUGAAGCCGAACAAUGAGUCAUCAGAUCUAUACAGCAGAUGUGAUAAACCAGACACUGAAAAGGUGUGUGGUCGUCCUCUGGGCAUCGAACUAGUUGACAAUCGGACUCUUUUCUUUGUUGACUCAUAUCACGGCCUCUUCUCUCUAGACCUGGAAACACAGAAACAGACACGCCUUUUUCCCAAACCAGAAGACUCCGAUUUCGACAUACUCAAUUCUACUUACAGAUUCCUCAACAGUCUUCAAGUUGAUGAUCAAUCUAUUUAUUUCACGCUUUCAAGUGACCACAACAACAGGGAAGAUUUCGUGAAUGCGUUCAUGGAACCAGACUGCACUGGGCGAAUCAUUAAGCUGGAUAGGAAAAGUCUAGAACAUUCGACAGUUUUAUCCAAUUUGUGUUUUCCAAAUGGAUUGAGUACGGAUACUGGGGAUGAAAAUUACCUGAUUGUGAGCGAGUUAUCUUACGCAAGGGUUCUACGUGUGAAUAAACACAGUGGAGAGUAUACAGUGUUUGCAGACGGACUACCAGGGUUCCCCGACAACAUCAGAACAGACGGUAAAGGAUAUUGGGUUGGCUUCUCAGGAGUUCGCUUCUCUGCCUUCGCAAACCUGAUCUACGAGCGGGCUUUCAUCCGAGUAGUGACAAAAUACCUGAACACGAUGCACAUCUUGAACCCUGUGAACAUGGUUCCGCCUUACGGACUUGUGGGAUAUAUUGACCAGAAAGGGACCCUGACUAAACUCCUGCACGACCCAUCGGGACAGGGAGCCCAGAAGAUUAGUGAAGCGGCACCGCACGGAGGGUACUUGUACAUUGGAUCCUAUCAUCCCAAAUUUAAAUGGGUCUCAAGAUACAAACUAAAAAACUGACCCGAAAAUCAAUUUGUUUGUCUUGAAUUGGAAAAAGCCCUGUUCACUUCGCUCUAUCUGUACUUCUAGCAACUAUGCGUUUCUUGAAGAAUGGUCUCUUUUGUUUAAACUUGUGUGAAAAUUGUGACACUAAAAAUCAGCUUCUUCUAUUGAAUUUGAAAAAGCAUCGACAAAUGAUCAAACAUGUCAACUAGUUGUGAAAUUUUUCAACACACCUAUCUCCGUAGCUAUUUGAUUUUUAUUCAAGUUCUACUGUAGUGCUGAUGAGUUUAUCCCUCGCUGCAAAUAACGAGUUAUGAUAAGCUUCUCUUUUCUAAAGUAGACUCUGGAUUUUUGAUACUUACUGCUUUGUUAUAGUACUUUUUCUCAUUUCAAUUGAUGGUCAAUAGGUAAUUUCUAUUUACACGAAUGAUUAAUUACCAAGUGAAAUUCAUAUUUGCAACGUUG